AUGAGCCGGGCCGGGGCCUCGGUGCCCCCUCCCCGGGCCCGGCCGGGCCCCGGCGGAGGACCCCCGAGGGCCAAGGAGCCGGCCGACCGGUCCAGCGGGGCUUCCAGCGCCGUCAGCGAGCUGGACGAGGCGGACAAGGAGGUGCGAAGCCUGACGUCCCGCGCUUUCCGCAGCCUGGCCUACCCCAGCUUCGAGGCGCCGGCCGUCGCCUCCCGGGAGCCCUCGGCCGCCCCGCCGGAAGGAGGCCCGGGCCGCCGCUCCGCCCUGCUGGACCUCAAGGGCGGGACGCUGGACCCCCGGGAGGACCCCCCGCGCGGGCCCGGCGGAGGACGGGGCCGCGGGGCCCCGGCGGCCCCCGACCGGCUCCCGGCCCGCGCCGCCAAGACCCAGGCCAAGGCGCUGGACUUCGUGGUCAGCCGGGUGGACGGCGAGAUCGCCCACGUGGAGGGCGGCCGGCCCGGCCCCCGCGGGUCUGACUCGGCGUCCAGCCUCCUGAAGACCGUCAUCUCCAAGAAGAUGCGGCGCGAGCGGGAAUUCCGGCUGGAGCGGGGCCGGGGGGCCCAGGGCGACCCCGACGGGACGGCCCGGGAGCGGGGCCCGCGGCCGCGGGCCCCGGCCCGCUCCGAGGAGGGCCCCGGGCAGACGGGGGCCGGCGGGCCCGAGGCGGACGGGGAGCGGGCCGGGCCCGGCUCGCCCACUUUCCGGGCCGGCGCGCCCCGGGAGACGGCGGGGUCGCCCGGCCCCCUCCGGCCCGGGGCCUCGGAGCCGGUCAAGGGCGUCUUCCUGCGCAGCCGGAACAGCGCCUUCCGCUCCUGGAAGGCCCGGGAGGCCGAGGGGCGCGAAGACGGGGCCCCCGGGGGGCGGACGGGGCUCCGCCCGGCCGGCGCCACGGUCAUGUCCAGCCUGUUCGUGCCCGCCCUCCGGCCCGGCGGCCGGGCCGGCCCGCCGGCCGAGCGGGCGUCCGAGCCCCCGGCUCCGGCCGCGGCCCCCGAGAUCGAGAUCCGCCUGGGCAGCGUGCGGCCGCCCGGCUCGGACUGGGACGUCGCCGGGCCGCUCGGCCCGCCGGCCGAGCGGGCGUCCAAGCCCCCGGCUCCGGCCGCGGCCCCCGAGAUCAAGAUCCGCCUGGGGAGCGUGCGGCCGCCCGGCUCGGACUGCGACGUCGCCAGGCUGCUCGGGCCCCCGGAGGCGGCCGCCGCCCGGCCCUCCGGCCGGCCGGCCGACCGGCCGGCCAAGCUCCUCCGGGGCGACGGGCUGGACCGGGUCCUGCCCCAGUUCCUGGUCCGCAACGUCAGGGACCAGGCCAGGGCCCCGGGCCCUCUCCACCAGGUGAGGGACGUCCGCAAGCUCAUCAAGGGCGCGGGGGAGGGCGGGGAGCGGGGCAGCGUCACCCCCGAGGGCGGCCUCCCCGGCCCCGGGCCCCGGCCCGCGGCCGCCGGCCCGCCCGGGUCCUCGUCGCCCCUGGUCGUCACCUGCCAGGCGGUGCUCCGGGGCAAGGAGGCCGGCGGCAAGGCCCCCCGGCCCCGGCCCGCCUCCCCCGAGGGGACCGUCCUGGUGCACCGGGCUUCGGGCCGCUUGCCCGUGGCCACCAUCGCCCCCAACAAAACGGAGGGCACCCACCUGCCCGUGCUGAAGAUCGUCGCCAAGGCCGCGGCGCUCAAGUCGCCCGAGAGGCCCAGGGCCGUGGGCCGGGAGGCGCCGGAGGAGGGGGACCCCCGGGAGGCGGCCAAGGGACCCCCGCGCAACGCGCUGGAGAAGCUCACGGCCGCCGUGAGGACCAUGGAGGAGCUCUACAGCUUCGACCGGCAGGAGUGGAGGCGCCGGAGCCAGCCUCCGUCCUCCCUGGCCGACAGCCACGUGCUCUCCCUCAUCGCCAGCGAGGAGCGCCUGAAGGUGGCCGCCGAAGAGCGCCCGCGGGGCCGGCCCGAGCCCGGCCCGGCCGCGCCGCAGGAGGAGGCCCCGGGGGCCGGAGGGGGGCCCGGCCGGGGGCCGCCGAGGGGGCCGGGAGGGGGCCCGGGCGGCGAGCGCUUGCAGAGGCGCAAUUCCAACCCGGGCGCGGAGAGCGUGUCCUCCCGGGCGGCCGCCUUCGAGAGCCUGGCCCGGCAGAGGCCGCGCUCCCUCUACAUUCCUCCGGCCCCCGGGGGCCCGGAGACGCCGCCGCGGCCCCCCCUGCGGUCCCCCGCCCGGCCCCCGCAGGGCCCCGGCGCCCCGGGCCCGGCCGGCCAGGUCGGCGGCCCCAAGGGCGUCCCCGCGGCCGAAGGGGGGCCGGCCGGCAGGUUCCCCCGGGGCCCCGGCCUCUGCUCCCUGAAGAUCUCCUCCGGACCCGCGCCCAGAAAGGGCGACGGGGAGGCCAAGACCCCCGACCGGGCCGGGGGCGACUGGGGCGGCUACCCGGCCCUGGCCCGCAAGGGGGGCGCGGCCGCCGGCCCCCGGGCCGCCCCGGGCGGGGCCGGCUGGCGGGGUCGGGCCGAGCCCCCCGGGGAUCCCGACGCCCGGCCUCCCCCCGCCCCCAACGCCCCGCAACCGCUGCCCUUCGGCCUGCCCGGCGUCCAGCCGCAGCUGCUCUGCUUCACCCCGCCCACGCUGUCCCCCGCCCCGCCGGCCCCGGCCACCCAGCGCAAGGUCCUGCUGGACCUGGCCACCGGCCAGUGCUACCUGGUGGACGCCCCGGCCCCGCGGCCCCUGACCCGCAGGCUCUUCGACCCGGAGACCGGCCAGUACGUGGACGUGCCCCUGGCCCCGCCGUCGCGGACCCCGGCCCCGUCGCCCACUGCCCCGGUCACCCCGCUGUCCCCGGUGACCCCCGUGCCGCUGUUGAGCCCGGGCGCCUACGGCCCCGCCUACGUCAUCUACCCCGGCUUCCUGCCCGCCGUCCUCUCCUCCGGCGCCCUGCCCCUCGCCCCGCCCGGCGAGCCGGCCCCGGGGACCCCCGGCUCCAAGGACCCCGCGGAGGGGUCCUUCGCCGCCGACCCCCCCUAUUUCAUCACCACCGGCCGAUCCCCACCCGCCUCCUCCUCCUCCUCCUCCGCCUGCCCGUCCUCGGCCACGGCCGCCGCCGCCGGGCCCUCGCAGCUGGUGGGAGCCAAGGGCUACGCGCAGGUCCACGGCAAGCCGGUCAUCAGCGUCACCUCCCAGCCCCUGGGCCCCCGGCUCGUGGCUCCCCCGUCCUUCGACGGCACCACCAUGAGCUUCGUGGUCGAGCACAGAUGACCAAGGGCCCGGCCCCGCCCGGGAGACGAGCCGGGCCUGCUGCCGAGCAAGGAUGGACGGUCCUCAUUAAAUCUGAAAACGAGAUGGUAGAACACCCGGCAUUCUUCCUUAAAACCGCGACUUCGUUUUGGUUUUUUUCCCUCAAUUUUUGCUCCAUACAAGUGUGUAAGUUUCUCGUUUUCUCCUAAUUACCCAAGUUUGGACAGAAUGCAUCGUUUUAGUUUUACAAAGCAGCUGAAUUCUUGCUUUUUUUUUUUUCCUGUAAAGUUAUUCCUUUUCUAUUUACAGCAGGAUGUGAACUUUUUCUUGGCCUCUCCCCGGUGAGGUUUGAAUCUCUCUCAGAGUUCAACUCUGUUGGCUCUCGGCAACAGAGAACCACUGGUUUUAGUCCCACCACUUCCAGGUUCGCAAGACUGUCGGGUAAACGGGACACUGCACCGGCUCGGUUCGGAAGGUCUUGCCGGUUCUCGGGAUUUUGACGUGGAGGUCGGCUGGCGUCACGGACCGCAUCUGGUUUCGAAACCUGAGGGGAAAGCACUUUAGGAUAGCUUGUGGACGAGGCACUUGAGCCCCUCCUCCUUUGGGGAUUUGUCGGUUUGGGCCGUGGUCGCGAAAUUAUCCGGACGUCGGCUUUUAAUCGGGUUUCGCUGUUGACUUUUCACUCCCAAGAGGGGCGUCGGCUCUGCCUUAAAGGUGACGUUAAGAGAGCGGUCACUGAAUGUAAAAUGGAGCGGGGCACUGAGGCGAGCUGUGACCUCAAUUUCCCUCUCAGAAGGCAGCCUUCCCCUCCGAAUCCGUGGCCGCUCCCCGCCGUCUCCGGCGGCUCUCUCGGAAGCGGGACACGGCACCGAAUUAGAAUGUACCAGUUGGGUCCCCUUUGGCGAGGCAGGUUUUCGUCACUUCACCCUCUCGGCCUCCAACGGUGGAGGUUCACAAGGCAGCGUUGGCCCGCCGUGUCUCGGGGGUCAAGUGACGUACGUUUGCGUCCCAAGCGAGGUGGAAAGGAUGAUCAAAACGAGCUAACCGCUUGCAGGAGUCUUGGAAAGAGUGGGAGAAGCAGGCUCGUGGAAAGAGCGCGGGCCUGGAAGUUAG